AUUCGAAACUUGCGUUGCAUGACAAUGGAUUUUAAUUAGAACUUUACCGUCUCAAUCAUCUAACCCACUUCAUCUCUCUCUGUCUUCAUAUAUAUAUAUAUAUAUAUAUAUAUAUUCUCUCUCUACAGCAUCUGGUCUUCCUUUUAUUCUCCCUCCAAACAGUUUCCACACUCGUAUCUGGAAUCCAUGAAUUCCAUAAACCCUAUAAAAUGAAACAAAUUCUUAGAUUUGUAGACUCAAAAAUUUGAAUAAAAAAAAAACACCGCUUUCUAUAUUUGCUUUGAAUAUGUACAGAUCUGGAGCUACAAUGGCGUGGAAUGUGUUCAGAUUUUGUACGGCCCUGCGAGGGCUGGGCUCGAUCAUGAUCGUAUUGGUCCUCGGUAUCGUCGGAGUCACCUAUUACGCCUUCGUUAUCACCAAUUACGCUCCGGCUUUGUACCUUGGUGGUCUCGAUUCCCUCAUUGCACUCGUUCUUUUGAUCUUGUUUCAUUUCCUGUUGGUGAUGUUACUAUGGAGUUAUUUUUCUGUUGUUUUUACGGAUCCGGGUAGUGUACCACCAAAUUGGAGGCCUGUUUUGGAUGAGGAGAGAGGGGACACCGAUCCAUUGAAUGCGUCACAAUUUGAUGAUAUGCCAGCCAACCCAGCUAACCCAAGGGUACGGUAUUGUCGGAAGUGCAACCAGCUGAAACCACAUCGGUGUCAUCAUUGUUCUGUUUGUGGGAGGUGUGUGCUGAAAAUGGACCAUCAUUGUGUGUGGGUUGUCAAUUGUGUCGGGGCAUUGAACUACAAAUAUUUCCUUCUUUUCCUGUUCUACACAUUUCUAGAGACAAGUCUUGUGGCUUUAUCAUUAUUGCCACAUUUUAUAACAUUCUUUACUGAUGGAGAGAUACCUGACACACCAGGAUUUCUUGCAACCACUUUUAUUGCAUUUGUCUUGAAUCUAGCAUUUGCUUUAAGCGUUUUGGGAUUUCUGAUUAUGCACAUAUCAUUGGUGUGUGGCAAUACCACUACCAUUGAGGCAUAUGAGAAGAAGACGUCUCCAAAAUGGCGCUACGACCUUGGUCGAAAGAGGAACUUUGAACAGGUAUUUGGGAUGGACAAGGGACACUGGUUUAUCCCUGCCUACACGGAAGAAGAUUUACGACGGAUGCCAGCCCUUCAAGGUCUUGAAUAUCCAUCAAAACCUGACUUGGAUGCCCAAGAGUUUUAAGGAUCAUUUAUCUCACAUCAAAGAACUUGGGUCACUUCUAACAGCAGCUGUAGAGCCCCCUCGGCGAAAAUGUUUAUUUACCCUUUUAAUUUAUGUACAGGUUGUGAUUUAUCUGGGGUCGGAUCCAACAAUUCCCGGCAGCAUAUUGCAGAAUAACAUUGUGGAGGAUAGAAAGAUCAAUGUAUGUAUAAAAAGAGCUAUGAGCCCCAGAAAGAUGAGGAUGGCUUGAGGGGCUGAUGUGUAUUUCCUGUUUAAAUUAUGUACCUUGGAAAGUCUGAGAAAUGUAAGAUGAGGAUUCACAUACGUUUGAUGCCGUAGCAUGCUGAUGUUUUCUCAAGUUUUAUGUACUUUUUGGUAGGAAUGUAUAACUAAUGUUGGCUCGAUAACACGUCGAAAUGGUAAAUGUUUGUUGAAAAUCAAUUGUCAAAUUUUUUAAAGUCACUCUUUGUCAAAA